AUGAUCAGAGUACCAGUUGCAGUUGUACCAGUUGAGUACCAGUUGUUUGCGGGACGCAUUCUUGACUUGAUGGAGAAAGGAGUGGCGGACAUGUCAAAAUGCAAGAUGCUCGUACUCGAUGAAGCUGACAAGGUUCUCAGUCAAGAAUUCCAGGGCAUCCUCGAUCGCCUUAUUUCGUACCUGCCAAAGGAACGACAAAUCAUGCUUUACUCUGCUACCUUCCCGAUGACCCCAAGAAGCUCAACCGAAGUAGGAUAUUCCUACUUUAUACACUCCAAAAUGGCACAACAUCAUAGAAACCGUGUCUUUCACGAUCUCCGCCAAGGAAGUUGCCGCAACUUCGUUUGCUCGGAUUUGCUCACUCGUGGUAUCGAUAUUGAAGCUGUAAAUGUUGUCAUCAAUUUCGACUUCCCUCGUAACGCCGAGACCUACCUUCACAGAAUCGGCAGGAUUGUUGGUGAACUAUUGCUUUUCGUUUGGAUCAGGACGAUUUGGCCAUCUCGGAGUUGCUAUUAA